AUGCCCGGACGUGGCCCGACCCGUGGCGGCCGCCCAUCUGUGUCCGUCCUUGGGAAGCGUGGGCGCAACGCCGCCGUCGAAUCCGUAGACUCGGAGUACGAACCAAGGGCAAGCGGGCGCGUGCGCGGACGCGGUGGCCGCCAGCGCAGGGGCAGAGGCCGGGCGAAGGGGGCCGGCACCGCGCAUAGGUCCGUGGCUGCGGUACGGGACAACUCGACGACGACGACGACGACGACGACAAGCACCAGGAGCGGACCUUACCACCGUGGUUUCUCGCAACAUCUCCUCGACCACAACAUAUUCCCCGUAGAAUAUGAGUCUCUCGAUGGGAAGGAGCCGGAGCCUCCAGAUAAUAUGGGCGAAAUCGAAUUCGAACUAGGCACCAUACGUGCCCUCGAGCCGGCCGAUGAUUUCCGGCGCCUUCGGACCCGAUAUAGGCAGGUUUCGAACGAAGACGAUGCUCUCAAGCUGCUAGAUUUCCUUCAGGGCGACAAUGUGGCUCUACUGCGUUCCCACGUCAUCCGGCAGAAGCAGAAGAUGAGCAACCUGGCGCCGCUGACGGACGGGAACAUCGUGCCUGGGAACCCGGACCGCGCCUACGGGGCACCUGCCACAGAGCUUGACAAGUCCAUCCGCCUGGAACUGGAUGAUUUAGUCGUCCCAACGUGCGACAAGGACUUCAUCUGCCCGAACUUUGUGGUCCAUGUCAAGAGCGACAGGGGCGAUGAGACAAUUGCGAGGACCCAGGCUGCUUACGAUGGUGCGCUCGCAGCCCGGGGGAUGCAGGCUUUAUGGGACUUUAGUGAUAGGCCUGGUAUCGCUUCCGGCAUCCAGACCUCUGGAGGUGAUACAGGCGGCAGUACUCGUGGAGGGCGCUCGGAUAGUCUGACAGAUUCCGACCCGAGUCACCAGGGCAGCGCUCGAGUUGCCCGAGUUGCUCGCACUAUUACAUGCACCUGGACCAAUGGGGUAUUGAGGAUGUAUGCUACUUAUUGUGAGGUAUAUCCAGACUCCAGAGAGGAAGCCACCUCGGGCAACCUGGAGGCCGAGCUCCCAAAAUAUGUCCCCAGUCAUAUUGGAUCGUGGAUCAUGACCGCUAAAGAAAAUCAAUUCCGAGAAGGCCUCGCGGCAUACCGGAACGGCCUGGACUGGGCCAAGAGACAGCGCGACAUCGUGAUAAGCCGCGCCAAUUCGAGAGUUCGCGCCGAGAAGGCGCAUCGGCGCAGGGGCGAGGAGCAAGAUCCAAGGGAGGAGCACCAUGCUGACGGGGAGGAGCAGUCUGAAGGGGAAGACAACUACGAACAGCAGAAUAAUCUGGAAGAGGAAGACAGGUCUGAAGAGGAUGAUGGAGGUCCGAGUUCAAUAUUUGCAAGACGAGGAUCACAAGCAAGAGGGCAAGACGAGGAGGACCAAGACUGUGACCCCGCGGACGAGAUCAUAUACCAGAGCUUCGACAGCCAGAGAACGGUGACAACACGGAGCAUGAGCCGGAAGCAAGUCGAUGGCAAACGCUCAUGA